CAAAACACACACACACACACAAAGGGAAAAACAAAGAACAAAAAGAGAUGGUGAGGCCACCUUCUAUUGACAGCAAUGGAAUGAAGAAGGGUGCUUGGAGUCAAGACGAGGACGAAAAGUUGAAGACUUACAUCGAGAAAUAUGGUCACUGGAAUUGGAGAUUGCUCCCGAGAUAUGCCGGCCUGAAGAGAUGUGGGAAGAGCUGCAGAUUGCGAUGGGUGAAUUACUUGAAACCAGGACUCAAGAGGGGGAAUUUCAGCGAGGAAGAGCAACAGCUCGUCGUUGAAUUGCACGCGGAGCUCGGAAACAAGUGGUCCGCCAUCGCAGUAAAGCUGCCUGGCAGAACAGACAACGAGAUCAAGAACUUCUGGCACACACAUAUCGAGAAACGGCGCAAUCCAAAUCGCGCAUCUACAAACCCUAAUAAUGCAAACACAAUUUCUAUCAUAGAAAAAACUGAUUCCUCGGAAAUUACUUCUCUCUCUACGAAUUCAUCGCAACACGAUCUUGAAUCGUUGCUGUCCAGUAUACUCGAGGCAGAUGCUGCUCUUACCGACCGUUUCGGAUCAUCCUAUGGAAGCUUCUGGAAUGAGCCAUCCAAUGCUUCGAAUUCGGAGAUUUGUAUGUCCAAUGUUAAUUACUAAGAGUUAUAAAUAAUCAAGUGGUUAUGAUGUUUAAUUGUAAUUGAAAAAAAAAUAAAAUUAAAUGAU